AUGACAAAAUCAUAUCACCCAAAAUCAAAUGACGAUUUAGUUCUCUAUCGUUUAGUUAUCUUUAAUGGUAAGGUUGAUAAGCCAACCGAUAGCAAUGGAUUGUCAGAUCCAUAUGUUAAGGUAUUCGCAGUUAGAAAUAAUUGUAAGGAUAAUGAAUCAAAGGAGUUGAUAUUCAAGACCGCUGUUUGUAAGAAGACAUUGACACCAGUCUGGAACGUAGAAAACUACUUUGUAAUCAGUUAUACCGAUAAGAUUGAAGCAAUAAGCGUCGAACUUUGGGAUCAAGAUUUACUAAGAGACGAAUUCAUCGGUGCAGCCAAGAAUUACAUUGGAGAGAAUUACAUCUUUAAGAGCGAACCAUUCACCAAACCAAUCGAUGAAUACAAGAUGUUUGCUGUAGAGAAUACAAUGUACGAUAGCAAAUCUAAUGGUAAGGGUAUUGUAAAUAUAUCAACUUAUAUAUUAGAAAGAAAUGCUGAGAACUUGGCAAAGGCUGUUAAUUACAAGCAAUAA